AUGGCCCGGCUCCUCUCUUUCGUCCCCAUCUCCCUCCUCCUGCUAGCUAGCCUCGCCGCCGGCGCCGGCGCCGCAGCAGCCGCGGAUCCAGGGGAAGGGGGCCCCAGGAUCAGCACACAGUACGCGAGCGAGGAGGAGUCCCGGUGGCUGGACCGCUGGGCGGAGAAGCAUCUGCCCCACGGGCACGGUUCCGGCCAAGCCAUCGAGAUUCAGCCGGGCAGCGACGAGGAGUCGGCGCAACUGAGCCGCAUGUUCCCCGGCAACGCCUACAUCGGCCACAUUGAGUAUGACAAGGACCAUCCCUUUGGCAGAAUCGUGGUGGAUGCCUUCCACUCCAAAGCUCGCCAGGCCAAGCCGAACGAUGAUCAGCAGAACCACGAGGAGUCCCACUCCCACGCCGAGCAUGACGUGAAGGAUCUUUAG